GGCGAAGGGCUGCAACUGAAACAAGAUGAGCAAAGCACACCCGCCCGAGCUAAAAAAAUUUAUGGACAAGAAGCUAUCAUUGAAAUUAAAUGGUGGGAGGCAUGUCCAAGGAAUAUUGCGGGGGUUUGAUCCAUUUAUGAAUCUUGUGAUUGAUGAAUGUGUAGAGAUGGCACCAGGUGGGCAACAGAACAAUAUUGGAAUGGUGGUAAUCCGAGGAAACAGUAUCAUUAUGUUAGAAGCCUUGGAACGAGUUUAAGAAAUGAAGCACCAUUGAUACCAUAUGCCUCUGCUUUUCCUUUAUAUCACACCAAGAGCCUCUUUUUUUUCUUUUGAUACAUACAGUUAGUCAUUGUAUAUUCUGUUUA